AUGCUGUCCCCUCAGAGGGCUUUACUUUGCAACCUCAACCAUAUCCACCUCCAGCACGUCUCCCUGGGCCUGCACCUAUCCCGCCGUCCCGAGUUACGGGAGGGGCCCUUGAGCACACCUCCUCCCCCAGGGGACACCGGAGGCAAGGAGAGCAGGGGUCCCUGCAGCGGGACCCUGGUGGACGCCAAUUCCAACAGCCCUGCUGUGCCCUGUCGUUGCUGCCAGGAGCACGGGCCGGAUCUAGAAAACCGGCAGGACCCCUCACAGGAGCAAGAGGGGGUUGCCUCUCCGUCGGACCCGGGCUGCUCCUCCUCUCUCAGCUCCUGCUCAGAUCUCAGCCCCGAUGAGUCCCCAGUCUCAGUCUACUCGCGGGACCUCCCCGGUGAGGAGGACGCCCACCCGCAGCCCAGCAGCAUCCUCUUGGAGCAGGGCACCCUGCUAGCUUCGACAGGCCCUACUGCCUGCUCACCGGACAGUUUCUGCUGCUCUCCCGAUUCCUGCUCAGGAGCUUCCUCCCCACCGGGGCCUGGCCUGGACUCCAAUUGCAACGCCCUGACCACCAGCCAGGACCUCCCUUCUUUAGGGCUGGAGGAAGAGGACGACGGCGGGGAGCAGGAUCUCCCCACCUCUGAGUUCCCAGAGGCCGAUGAUGGCAAAAUCGACGCUGGGCAAACGGAGCCCAGUUGGAAAAUCAACCCCAUUUGGAAAAUUGACACAGAGAAAAGGGAGGCUGGCUGGAAGAUCACUGAGAACAAUCACUCUGGCUGGAAAAUCAAUGGGAAUGUUAACUGCAGCUGGAAAACGGAACCUGGAAAACUCGACUCCAGUUGGAAAACCAAUGCGGGAAUAACUGAUUCUGGCUCGAAAACCGAUGCGGGGAAAAUUGAUGGGGGAUGGAGGAGUGACGUCAGAGAGGAGCCGGUGCCCCACCGGACAAUCACGUCCUUCCACGAGCUGGCCCAGAAGCGCAAGCGGGGCCCAGGGCUGCCCCUCGUGCCGCAGGCCAAGAAGGACCGCAGCGACUGGCUCAUCGUCUUCUCGCCCGACACUGAGCUGCCCCCUACCGGGUCGUUGGGCGGCGCCCCGGCGCCUCCGCGGGAGGUCACCACCUUCAAGGAACUCCGGUCUCGAAGCCGGGCCCCGCCCCCGCCAGUCCCGCCCCGAGACCCCCCAGCUGGCUGGGCCUUGGUCCCUCCCCGGCCCCCACCCCCACCUGUCCCUCCCCGGAGGAAGAAGAACCGACCGGGGCUGCAAGGGCUGCAGCCCAUUGCGGAGGGGCAGCCCGAGGAAGGCAAGGCGGGAAGUCCCCCGGUUGGCGAAGAGGCCCCGGCUACCAAGAAGCCGGAGGAACCCAGUGCGCAGACCAGCCUCGAGGUCCGUAGUUCCUGGUCGUUCGCCGGUGUCCCCGGGGCCCAGCGGCUGUGGAUGGCAGAAGCCCAGAGUGGGACUGGCCAGCUUCAGGAGCAGAAAAAAGGUCUCCUGAUAGCUGUCAGCGCCUCUGUGGAUAAAAUCAUCUCGCACUUUGGGGCCGCCCGGAACUUGGUUCAAAAGGCCCAGUUGGGGGAUAGCAGGCUGAGUCCAGAUGUGGGGCAUCUGGUGCUGACUACUCUCUGCCCUGCCCUCCAUGCCCUGGUGGCUGACGGGCUGAAGCCUUUCCGGAAAGACCUUGUUACCGGGCAGCGCAGGAGCAACGCCUGGAGCGUGGUGGAGGCGUCAGUGAAGCCAGGCUCCAGCACCCAUUCCCUGGGAACCCUGUAUAGCCAGAUCAGCCGUCUGGGUCCGCUGAGCAGCAGCCGAAGCCGCUUCCAUGCCUUCAUCCUGGGCCUCCUCAACACUAAGCAGUUGGAACUCUGGUUUUCCAGUCUCCAGGAAGAUUCAGGUCUGCUGUCUCUCCUGUACCUGCCCACGGGAUUCUUUUCACUGGCCCGGGGUGGCUGCCCCUCCCUGUCCACGGAGCUGCUGCUCCUGCUGCAGCCACUGUCAGUGCUCACCUUUCACCUGGACCUGCUCUUUGAGCACCACCACCACCUGCCCCUAGGCCCAUCUCAGGCCCCCACACCCCCAGGCCCACCUCCAGCCCUGCAGCAGACUGUGCAGGCCCUCCUGCACUGGGGGGGGCGGCUGGCCCAGAGUCUUCGGGGGGCCUCUGAGGAGGCCCCACCGGGCCCCGCAGCCCCCCCCAAAUCUCCCACACCAGGCAGUUGGUGGGAGCAGUUAACCCAGGCCUCUCGAGUCUAUGCCUCUGGGGGCAGCGAAGGCUUCCCUGUUCCUCGGUGGGGACCCAGGCGGCAUGGGACCACAGCUGAGGGUACACAGGAGAGACCCUUGCCCACCGAAGAAGUGGCCCCGGGCAGAGGCGUAUGGCUAGGGAGACUGUUUGGAGUGCCUGGAGGCCCCAUGGAAACUGAGAGUGGAACCCUAAAGUCCAGGAGACCAUCCAGUUGGCUGCCCCCUGCAGUGAGUGUGUUGGCUCUCCUGAAGCGGGGGGCACCCCCUGAGACUCCCUCUUCUCCUGAGGAGCUUGAAGCUUCAGCCCCCAGCAUAGCACAGCCCCACAGGGCAGUCCGGGCUCUCUGUGACCACACAGCUGCAGGACCAGACCAGCUGAGCUUCCAGCGUGGGGAGGUGCUGCGUGUCAUCGCCACGGUGGAUGAAGACUGGCUCCGUUGUGGGCGGGAUGGAGUGGAAGGACUGGUGCCUGUGGGGUACACCUCCCUCGUUCUGUAG